AUGGAAAAUAACACGUUCUUGUUCGAUGACGUGUGGUACAGGCAAAUCGGAGGUGUGGCCAUGGGUACUCCCGUGGCCUGCACCCUCGCUAAUUUAUAUGUUGCAGCUUUUGAGUACAGGCAUAUUUUUACAGCUAAUAACCCGUUCCUGAGGGCAGUCCGGUGCUAUCUCAGGUUUGUGGACGAUGUGUUCAUUGCCUGGGAUGGCACCGAGAGGGACUUCGAGGAUUUUGUAAAAUCUUUGAAUGAAACAAAUGAAAUGAACUUACGCUUUACCUACAAAAUCGAUGCCAAGCGGAUCGAGUUUCUUGAUGUGUUGGUAGAGAUCAAUGGAGGUGAUGUACAGACGUCAGGGUACAGAAAGCCCACAGCCUCCAAUUCUCUCCUUCAGUACACCAGCUACCACCCUGAACAUGUAAAGACUGCUUUGCCUUAUGGUCAAUUUUUGCGUCUAAGACGUAUUAACAGUUCUGAUGAGAAAUUUUUGGUACAGGCUGGUGUGUCAGAAGAGGAGAGACUGAAGGAAUCUGCAGGGAUAGCUGCAUUCCUUGUAGGAAUGCCACCAGUGUGGAUGGGAUGUCAGAGGCUUGGAAGAGUUAAUGCUUUCACCUUAUUGCAGUUCGGAUAUGGCUUUAAAACCCCAGCUUGGCUUGUAUUCUGUGCUGAACUCCUUGCAGAAUCUAUCGGCCAAAAUCCAGAGGUCAGAUGGAUCACCGUACCAGGACAAGACUGUCAAGUGGCCAAGUGUUCGCUGCACAUGGGUGACGUGACUAAAAGUCAACAGAGGACCAUAUUCUGUAGAGCUACUAUGUUAUUGUUUCUGUGGCUGGUAUUGGCAAUAGGCUACCCUGUGGUAUCCAGUCAAAAUGAGAACUAUCCUCCUUUGUGGGAACUUGUUCCAGAAAACCUGACAGAUUUUAACAUUCAGUCUGAGAAAGUCAUUAUCAACCCCUGGAAUUAUCUAGAGAGGAUGGGAAUGUAUAAAAUACUUCUAAAUGUCACUGCACCAUUUUUGGAUAUGAAAGAACAAGACAACAAAAAGAAUGUACUUUGGGGAUUGCCUCUGCAACAUGGAUGGCAGUAUCAUACAGGUCGCUUACAAGAUACAUCUUCCUCUGGGAAGAGUGGUGAAGACCAAACAGUCAUAUCAGUAAAAAGUUGGUGGGCUUGUAUGAAUUACUAUUUGGCUGUCAUCCCAUUUCUUGGAGCUAUUGAUGCUGGAUUAUUUGAAGGAUUUCCUUAUGGCAUAGUCAUAUCUCAACCAAAUAUAUCUCAGUCUGACUUUUGCUGCAGCAUUGAAGAGUGUCGCUCAUUUUCUGCUAAAACCAUGGAUGAAUGGAAAGCAUUUUUUGAGUCAAUAAUGACAUCAAAUAAAAAAUCUGACACUUCUGUACCAGAGUUAACCAAAGAAGAAGAAAGAGUCUUAUCCAAUUUGUGGAGGGCUCACAUGGAGUCUAUUGCUGUUGCACUUCCACGCUGCUCAGACAGGUUACACCACCUCUCAGAAUCAGAAGGAAACUUUGGAAUGGACUGGGCCACAGCAGUUGAAUUCAUUGCAGCUUCCAACUUCCCCACAAAUUUCCAGAUCACAAAUGAUUUUCAAACAUUUCUGCCAAAAAGGAUUUUGAAGGAAGGUGAUAAAGCCCCCUACAUUCCUGACUUCUCGGAACAAGAAAAUAGGGUUCUGGCUACACUACAUUUACUUAACAAAGCCAACACAUUUACAGGUGGCUUUCUAUUGAAGCUCUGGAAAAAAGCCAUGUGUUCUGAAGAAGGAAGAGCUGCAGGACGAAAACUUCUUCAGAAUAUGGUCACUGACCCAAACUUGGCUCCAAAUACAAUUAUUAAGAUUAUUAUAGAAUUAGCUAAAAAUUCAGCAUGUGAUGUGCAGAAAAACAGGCAGAAUUAAUGGAAUUCUAUUUAGCAGAAACAUCUUGUUAAAAAGCCUUAGUGACACUAGUAAUAAGACAAUGUUGUCUACCUAAUUUUCUCAUUAGUUAUUCUUGCUUCACUCAUUCCACCCUCUUUAAGACAUCUCUAGCUGAGAAUACAAAAGGAGAACUCUAUUAAUUAGCCUUCUAAGUCAUUAGAAGAUUGAAGUAAGGCCAAGUGAUAACUGGAUUGAAAAUGUCCAGUUAACAGAAAGUAAAGAAUCAGACUGUAAUAAUAUAAGUGCUUUGCCUGAAAGCAAACCUCCAGUCGUAUUCAAUCCCCAGAGCUGCACUGUGCACAAUACUCAUCUUUCUAAAUGACAUGCAUUUUGAAUUCGGCACCUAAAUCCCAGAACAGGAAUGCGUUCUCCUCACCUCUCUGUAUAUUUCUAUGCUCCGUCUCCACAGCACCCCCCUCCACUGCUAGACCCAGCAUAAUAUAUGGCACUGAGUUUUGCAGUGGAGACAGAUGCUUUGGAAAUGGAGUAGGAAGCUCUAUCUUUUAAUGCAUAAAAAUAUACAGUGGGGAGAAUGGCAUCCCGUUCAGGGAUUUAGGUGCCAAAUUUGAUAUGCACAGGGCUGUUAUUUGACUAAAAAGCAUUAGAGACACCCUUUAAUGAUUUAAUAUUACUUUUCUCUGUAUGAACUGAUUUGUGUUUCUUAAUGUUAUUAAGCCAACCUCAAUGAAAUGUGAUGAUGAUAUCACGGCCAAUACCAAGGGAACGUACAAGUUGAAGAACAAUAAUUGCUUUCUAUUCCUUCCACUGCAUCUGAAU